UUUCAGCUGCGUACUGCUUAAGAAAAAUGUUUUCGUGGCCCUUUCCCUGACCUUUUCUUGUGCGAUUUUUUAAUGGAGUUUUGCGUUCCUUCCGAUCUGCCUAUCAGCCUUUACAGUACAACUAUUCAAACAAUUUUUAAAUGAAAAGAAAAUAAAUAAAUAAUAAAUCAAUAAACACAUAUUCGCAUUUUUUCCUUACUCCCCACAUUGUUUACAAACUCUCAUUCGCCCAAUUACGUUGUUUCGCUUCAUAUAUAUUUUUGAAUUUUAAUACAUAAUUUAAAAAUGUUCAAUUCAGUUAAGUUAUUUUUAAAUUUUGAACAUUUAUGUUCAAAUUACAUUAAAUAUAGGUGGCUGAUUAUUAUUUAUUUCAAAAAUACUUAAAAAUGAUCUAUUCCACAACUUUUUAAUUUAAUUAAGUCGUUUUGAACCAAAUUACUGAUUUCUUUUAAUAUUCAUUCAAAAUUGAUAAUCAAAAUAAAUGCAUCUUCAACCAAAACAAAUACAAAUCAUUGUAAAAAUCGCUGAAAAAAUUAGCCACCCGCUGCUCCGGGACUUCUCGAGCACCUAUCUUGGCUACUCAACGGAUCCCCGAUGAACUUUUUUCUUCGCUGAAUGAACUCGAAGGCUAAUUUAGCUUUAGCUUUGCUACCCGCGGUGCGAAAGUUGGGGUGCAAACAUGUCGGGAGCAAAUCGGAUGAACUCUUUCAAAAUUUUGAAAAUGAUAUUUUAUUGAUGUAAACAAACAAUUUGGACAUAUAAUGCUAUUGGAAGCAUGUUCUAUCAUGAUAGAAUGUAUUUUUAUUGAUUUCAAUCAACAAAACGGCUAGAAUUUGAAAAUGAAUAAUUUAGAUCCCCGCGGUAGGCUUGAUUCGGUAGUCAAAUUAGCUCCCUGCGGUGCGAAAACGUGUAUUAGCUACGGAGCAAAGCUAAAACUGGGGAUUCAAUCGAUAGGUUUGCCACGCAAUUAGAUCUCUGCGGUGGAGAUGCCCUAAGAAGUAUUCGUGUGUGCGCUAACUGAAUCCAGGGACACCAGUCGUCAGCAGGAGAAGAAGAGCGGCGUGGCCUUUAACUCGUAGAAGCGAAGACGCCAGAAACCGUCGUCACAUCGAAACAUCAUCCGGAAGCAGCUCAGAAGAGUUACACGCAGCUGGUAGGUUGUAAUAGAAUGGCUACAAUUGUGGAGUAUAAAUUUAUACUUUUUUUUAUACAGCUCGACAAAGCCGCUGAUCCAUUCAGCCCAUCCAGGAACGUCAAAAGGGAUUUGAAUUUGGCCGAUCGGUGGAUUGACGCAACAGGACUCAACAACUGCAACGACGGCCUUACAGUGACCAGAGGCUCUCCGCCUCCACAGCUCUCGUUCGAGCGUAAGUGAAAGUAUUUUGCUGCGCGACGUCACCAGUUCUACAGUUCGAGCCUGAAGUGAUAGUUGAUCGAGAUGAGUAUUCGGCUAAAGGUGCAAGGUGCACGAUUUGAAUUGCAUAAUUGUAAGUAUUGCCAUUUUUUCUGAGUAAAAACCGCAGAGCUAAAAUCACGAUCUGAGUUUAUGUCUAACAAGUAUGCAUUUUGUGGAAUUUUGUAUAACUCCGUUGAAUUGAAAAUCCCAUACUAUUUUUCAAGCUUUUGAUUGCCUUUAGUUUGAAAUUAUUCUUUUUUGUUUAUCUGGUCAAUAAUAAGCAUUAUUUCAAUGGAAUUAUAUGCUUGAAUUGAUUAGAAAGGAUAACAUAAGAGUGAUCUUUCAUACUACAUUUUGGUCAUUAAAGUAUUUGAAAUUUACAUCGGAUUUAAAAUUCAACGGAGUAAAAAAAAUUUAAACCUUGGUAAAUUUACGUAGAUUUCAUCGGAAAUUUACAUGUUUUCAAAACGCUUUUUGUUCUACACAAUUAAAUCGGAUGGCAUGUAAAUUUAAAAUGAAGUUGAUGUAAAUUAGCAUCAUUAAUGACGUGCACUUUUGGUACAUCAUUAACGAUGUAAAUUUACCGGAUUUUUUUUUCUGUGUAUUAAUAGUUUCAAAGCUUAUCUUGUUGGAGUGGUCAUGACUAACAACCCUGCAUCUACGGUCGGGUCACCACUGUCGGGUCAACUGUGACCAUCCAACGCGAGUGACCACUAUUAUCACGGCUGCACGCGACCUACAGCAGCUGAUCGCGGUAUUGGUGAUCGCGGUGAUCCUCUCGCGAGAUGGACGAUCGUGAUCGCUGAUAGGACCAACACCAACAGCAGGAUGCACUUUUCCGGGGUCGAUGACCGCCGUGCCGGGUUGAUGACCUGACCUGCCUCAAAAAACAACGGGAGCAGCUGACCUGCUGCGAACUUUAGUUUUUAAGUUUUAGAACCUCUCGAACCGGCAGAUCGAAACGGUCGAUUCUGCGCCUAUCAGGCAAUUUAAAUGUGUUAGGCUUAAUAUUAAUAAAUGUAGUUCGUUUAACUUUCGUUUUGUGCAGUAAAAUUGUGUUUUAAAAUUAAAGUGCUGUUUUUUUCUGUAAUUGCGUGUUGUUUUAUUGUGAAUUGGCAAGAAACCCGGAAGCCACCCACGCACGGACUACCCAACGAACCAGGACCAGACCAGCCAGCCCAAAUCCGAUCCGGUCGAUGCUGGGGGCCACCAGAGCUGUCGAAGGCUAGGUUGUACUCCGGCUCCCCAACAUUCUGGUCCUUCGAACCGGAUCGGACGGAUCCUGGUUCGCGGCAGGAAGGACGGUUGGACUCUACAUUGCCGUUUGUGGACGAGGUUCGUCGCCAUUGGACUGUGGCGUGGCACGGUUCGCCAUCGCUGCUGAGAACAACCAAAGCGCGCCAACGGUUUGGCCAUUCAUCCCUGGGACAAUAGGACAUUGUACCCUCAACCCGGACAACGAACUUCGCGCUUGGACAUCUACGCGCCAACGUGUUGCGUUUGGUAAGUGGAACCACUACGUAUAUGUCCGCCGAAGCGUUCAGACAUUCCCGGUACUGACACACCUCCCAUCCACAUCUACGCUGUGCACAUUCCGCUGGAGCGAACCGCUGCGUGCGUCCCAUUGGAUCGAGCGAGCCAUCUGCUACGCGCUGCGCGGCGAGAGCGCGUCUCCGGUCACGGUCAGCCAUUUUCUGGGACAUUCGGUCAGCCAUUUCCUGGGCCAUCCGAUUGCUGCGUUGCUGCCGGAGCCAUCCGACUGCUGCGUUGAUACACUGUUCCAGAAAGGACACCUUUUGCCCAGGUGAAAUAUGCUAAGCACAGUGUAUGUCAGCCGAAGCGAGUCGCUACCGUGAAACUAACACCAUUUUUCGACCACACAACUCUUACUACGCCCGAACCGGCUGGACGCCGGUGAUUGCACGUUAUGUGAUCACGUGGAGGUCGCUGAAUAUCUACACGACUCCAAGCCGACACGCGGCGACUCCGAGGUCGCUGGAGAUCUACACGACGAUCUGCGCGACUGCAAGAGGACAUCUAACGGUGGCCACAACCGUUUGCUACCGUUCAGACCACCCGAGAAGGACGACAUCAACGUGACUGACACGUGCCAAGACGGAUCGCCACGUGGUCUGAAGAGGCUGCGCAACUGUUCGUUUCUACCGGUGAGUGCUAAAGAAUAGUAUAUUGCCGAAGCUAAGACGACAGAAAUACACCAUUUUAAAUCGAGUUUGUAUCCUCUUCGCUUACACCACGCAUCCCUGAGGUCAUCCCAUCUGCUGAUUGAUUUACGAUCUGAUCUGGUUCACGUUGUUUUUUGGUCGCUGCUACUGUUUCUCCAGGUGAGAUACACUAGCAAAGUAUAUGGCUUGCCGAAGGAAAGGCACCGUUGAUACUACAUGCCGUUUUCCACCUCUUCUUCGCACACCCACGCCUUCAAUUUGAGCUGCCCACUUGACCGCUAAGGACAUUUUGGUUUGACGUCUCGAGCUACCUGGUGCUUCCGGUUCUGAUUGAACUCCCAACUGCUUUGGGUACGAUCAGUUACUGCUAAAAGUAAGUAAUUUGCUACAGCAGUAUAUGUUCUUGCCGAAGCCAGGACGAAACGGAAUACUACAGCACCACACUUUUUCGCUUUACAUUCUCUGACGUCAUGGCACCCCGGAAGUCCUUGUUAGGACCGACGCUGAAGGCGUUGACCGUUAAAUACCAAGAGUUACAAGCAGCGCUCAAUGACAUCUUCAAAUUUGCUGAUAAAUUUAAGGCGGAAACAACCGCUUCCCAGGUGAGUGUGCGCUUGGAAAGUCUCAACAAGCUGUGGGAAGUUUUGUGCACUACCUUGGUGGAAAUCAAAUCUCACAAAGACUACAACCCUGAGGAUGACCCUACCUACAAAAAGGACCGCGAAACGUUGACUGAAGGCUAUUACCGAGUAAAAUCCCUUCUACUGGACAAACUGAAAGAACGACAGGAAGUUCCUUGUAAACCGACCCACAACGACACGAUUGUUGGGGGGACUGAUCACGCCCUUUUGCCUCAGAUCAAGCUUCCUAUGUUCAAGGGGAACAUCGACGAGUGGCUGAGUUUUCGUGACUUGUUCCUCUCACUCAUCCACUGGAAGUCUGACCUACCGGAUGUGGAAAAGUUCCACUACCUAAAGAAUUGUCUUGACGACAAUCCCAAGAGGAUCAUUAGUGGACUUUCAACCACGUCGGUCAACUACAAGCUGGCAUGGGAUCGUUUGCAGAGGUACUACAACAACCACAAGGUACUUAAGCAGCGACUGGUGCAAUCGUUGUUUACCCUUCCAACCCUCGCCGAGGAAUCUGCCACCGAUCUGCAUUCCCUCGUUGACGAGUUCGAGCGCGUUCUGAACACCCUCGAUCAGGUGGUCUCACCCGUUGACUACAAGGAUCUUCUGCUGGUGAAUUUACUCGUUACGCGUCUGGAUCCUGUUACGCGUCGCGCAUGGGAGGAAGUAUCUACGGCGAAAGAUUUGGUUAGAGAUUCGCUAGGUGAUUUUGCAGAUGAUUCAAUGUUUAUUGUUUAUUCGUCAAGCUUAUGUAGACUACUUACAAUUUUCUUACAUACUAGAUAUUAUUUCUAUUGUACAGAUUUUUUCGUAGUUCCGGUUUAGACAUGUCGAAAUGUAUGUACUGUGAAUUUUCAUUAUAAAAGCGCAUCAUUUGAUUUAAUGGCGAAUUUUUUAAAUAAUUUGUCGUGUAUGCAGUUAUUCUAAAAAGUUGUGAAUGUCUAAGAGUACGGCUUGGUUCAUGAAUACUAUUGCGUAUUACUGAAAAUAAUGCUGCUGACUGUAUGCGUUGAGAAAUAAUGUCGUUGAUGAAAGAGAGCAUGGCAAAUUUACGACGUUCUUGUAAUGAUUGUAUGUUUAUGAGCAUGCAGCGUGCUUCAUACGAUGGGAGAAGAAAUGCAGUCCAGUUAAGUUUACGUAGUGCGUACAGUAAGAAUUGUUUUUGGACAGAUUCAAUACGUGCUUGGUGUACGGCAUAGUAUGGAUUCCAGACGAUACUACAGUAUUCCAAGAGUGGCCUGACAUACGUUAUAUAGAGUAAUUUAAUAGUAUACGGGUCCUGGAAGUUGAAUGCAAAGCGCUUUAUAAAGCCUAAUGUACUUUUUGCCUUGUUUAUUAUUGUGUUAUAGUGUUCUACAAAAGUUAGUUGUGAGUCUAGGAUGACACCUAGAUCACGUACUACUUUGCAUUUUUCUACUGGUUGGUUUCCUAAUAAUACUGUUAUGUUUGGUGUUUCAUGUUUUCUGCUGAAGGCAAUGGAAUUACAUUUCUUUACAUUCAAUUGGAGUAGGCUUUUACUACACCAUGUGUAGAAAAGAUUAAUUUCGUUUUGGAAUACAUGACUGUCAUUGGCAUUUCCUAUUUCCAUAUACAAUUUCAUGUCGUCUGCAUAUACAAGUACGUUAAUUUUUUUAAGAAUGAAGGAAAUGUCGUUUACAUACAAGAUGAAAAGAAGAGGUCCUAGAUGGGAUCCUUGCGGAACCCCAGAGGUGACGUGAAUUGAUUCCGAUAGUACAUUUUGGAAGCGAACAAUUUGUUCGCGCUUAGUCAAAUAUGACUUAAGCCAUUCCAAAAGAUUCGGUUGAAUUCCAAUUUUCUGCAGUUUGAAGAUUAAUAAUGGUAUGUCGAUUCUGUCAAAUGCCUUACUAAAGUCUGUGUAAAUUGCUUCUACGAAAUUGCGAUUAUGCAUUGCAUUCAGUGUAAAAUUUACAAAUUCUAAAAGGUUGGUGCUAGUAGAGCGGCCUUUAAAAAGCCGUUCUGUUUACAUGUGAUGCGGUUUUUUACUUGCUGAAAGAUUUUUUUUCAUUUAUAAUAGAUUCGAAAAGUUUUGGAAUGCAAGACAAAAGGGCAAUUCCGCGAUAAUUACGUAUGUCUGAUUUUGGGCCUGACUUGAAAAUAGGCACCAAAAAAGACUUUUUCCAUGUUUGUGGGAAUUUUCCAGUAUUUAUUGACAUGUUGAAAAAAUGAUGCAGUGGAUAUGUCAAUUCUUCUGCAAGGUUCUUUAGGAAUGCAGGUGCUAUUCCGUCGGGUCCUGGUCCUUUUGAUGAGUCUAAGUCCUUCAAUGCCUGGCGUACUUCCGUUUCUGACAAAGAAUUGACUGAGACGUCAUUUGGAAAUUCCGGUAUAUAUGAAAAGUAGUCGCGGUCGCGGUCUUCUUCGGAAAAUGAGGUGUAUACUUCUUUGAAAAAUUUUGAAAAAAGAUUGCAAAUUUCUUUUGAGUUACUGCCUACAUUUUCGUCCAGUUGCAUUUGCGAUGAGAAGUUACUACUUUUGGAUUUGGAUUUUACGUAAUUAAAGAAAUUUUUCGGGCAUGAUUUGACUUCAGAUUCGACUUUACUAUUAUAUUCUUCGUUGGCAGAAUUGAGUGCCGAAAAAAAUUGGUCGGAAAUAUUCAGAUAAUUCAGAAGAUUUGUGUCAUUUGUAUUGUUUCUGUAUAGUUUGUAGGCUUUUUGUUUUCUAUUUUUUAAAUUUCUUAGUUGUGGAGUGAACCACACCGGGUAUUUAUUGCCUGUGUUAUUACGUCGUCUUCUUCUAGUAGGUACGGUUUAGAUGUUAUAGUGUUAAUUUCCGUAUAGAAUUUUCCUACUAAUUCGUCGACAUUUCCUUCAUUAUUAAAUAAAUUUUGCCAGUCAAUUGCAAGUAGUUUACGUUUGGCUUCUACAAAGUUUGUUUUAUUGUAUUCCAGGACUUCUUCAUAUUCCCAGUCAAUGGGCAAAGUGUUUUUAUGGACAUAAAUAGAAUAUUCAAUUGCUGUAUGGAAGACUUCAUUCUUCCAAAGGGGGGUUACAGAUUCUUGUACAUGAAAGUCUUCAAUACAGUUAGUGAAUAAAAGGUCUAAAAAUGAAUUUCUUUGGUAUUUUACAUGAUUGAUUUGGAAAAGUCCAUAAUUUGCAAUAUUGUCAAAGAGAAAAUGCAAAGUUUCAUUUUCCCCAAUGACUGGGAGAAGAAUUGCUUCAUUUUCUUGGUCAGAUAUAAAUUCGACUUUGCUUUGAUUAAAGUCGCCAUAAAUGUGAAGUUUUACUUCCGGUUCCAUUUUUGAUGUUAUGAUUUCUACUGUUUUAAAGAAUAGUUCAUACGACUGUUUAUUUGCAUGGUCCGGCGGAAAGUAUACUGAUGCAAAAAUGUGUACUUGGCCUGCAAUAGUGGCUUUGGCCCAGACUUGUUCAAAUUGAAAAUGUUUUUCAGUUACAAUUUCUUUUGGAUUAAGUCUGGCAUUUAUGGCUAAGAGGACGCCGCCUCCUGACUUUUUCUGACUGAGAUUUAAAUUUCUAUUGCCUAGGAAUACAAAAUAAUUGUUUCCAAAAAUUUCUUCAGGGUGGACGCUUUCGUCCCAGUUAGUUUCAGUUCCAAGAAUAAUGUCGAAAGAAUGUGAGAGAAUGUUUAAUGAAAUUUCCUUCAUUUUGCCUGGGCUUUUCAUGCGAUUGAAAUUCUGACAAUAAAUUAGAAUUUCAUUCGCAUUCUGUUGUUCCGUUGAAGAAAUUUUUGGAGACAUACUUAAAUUAUUAAUAGUACUUACUGCCUCUUGCGAGGGUGUCAUUUCUUCUUCCGUGUUAGAAGGCGUCAAUGCUUGUAAAAAUUCGACGAUGUAGUCGGCAGGUAAAAUUUGUUGGCGGCUUCGCGCGAAUGCUGCAGGUAUUGAAGUCUUCUAGUUGUUACAUAUUUCCUGUAGGUUUCCAGGUCGGUGAGGGUUUGCUUAGGUGAAAUUCCAAUUGUUGAGUUGUAUUCCAUGAAGAUGUUCAUAAGAUGUUCAGGUUCAGUAGGCAGGCCAUUGGAUGCAAAAAAGACAUGCAUGCUGGUUAGUGUUAGUCCGUCUAUGCAGACGUCUGGUUUUUGGUCCUUCAGAUACGCCAAGUAUAGUCUGAGAUUGUCAUAGACUUUAAUUUCGCGGAGUCUGGCCAGCAAGAAACGGCCAUCGCCGACUGCAGACUGUUCAGUUAGGCGUACUAUGGGCGGCUUCAUUGGGUCCAGACAGAACAUACUGUCUGUUACUUCAGGAGUUUGUGAUGACGUUUUUGCUGGCUGCGGCGUGGUGGCGUUUAGAGGUGGGACGAUUGGCGUUUUUUCCUUCCGGUAGGGGUUGAUGGUUUCCCCUUUUCGGAAGUUGAUGAAGUUUGAAUUCGAUGUAGUUGGAGGUUGGCCAGAAAAUUCGACCCUUGCCUGGUCUAGAAGU